AUGAGGCUUAGAAUAUAUGCACUUAUUACAGCCGAAUUCAAAGCAGCCCCGAUACACAAGUUUACCAAGCAUCUAACAGGACAGGAGUUUGUUGAUUACAUAAAUGCCAUCCAACCCUACUAUAAGGCACAGCUGCCUAAAAUGUCCGAGAAAGAAUUCAGAAAACGUUUAAUGCAUCCGAUAUAUGUGGAAAAGUUGAAGAAAGCGCCGAGGAGACUUCUUAGGAAACCCAUUUCUCUUAAAAAAGUCAGAAUUCCAAAAAGUUUCGAUGCCCGAAAAGAAUGGAGUGAUUGCGAUUCGAUAACUCUUAUUCGUGAUCAAUCAGGCUGCGGGGCGUGUUGGGCUAUUGCUGUUGCAUCAGCCAUGUCGGACAGAUAUUGUAUAACCAAGCAAUGGGCUAAGGGUUAUGGUUUCCAGGUGAUCCUUUCCGACACUGAGAUUCUUGCUUGUUGUGACGAUUGCGCAAUCAACGGGACUGGGACGGGAUGCACUGGAGGAUAUGCACAUAAGGCACUUGAGUACCUAGUGGAUCAUGGAACUGUCUCAGGAGGAAUGUAUACCGAUAGGGUAAUGAGAAUUUGCAAUGCUGACCAUAAUCACAAACGGCUGAUUGUAGCUUCCUGUUUCAAACUAAAGCUCUUCAAAAAAAAGGAACCGGAAGUUUUCAUAACCACAGUCAUGCUUCAUUAA